AUGUAUUAUUUGAGGGAACGGGAUUCGUCUCCUACUGAUCCUGGAUUCCUUCUAGCUCAUGACUUUUAUGACCCUGAAGAAGUUGAUGAUAAAUGUCGGGUUAUACCUCUCCCUGUCACAGGUAGGCAACGCGUUAAGAGAUGCUUGACUACAUCAAGAGGAGAUGUUAUCUACAUUCAAGUACUAUAUGGAAGAUUGAGGGUUUGGAGGCUGAAUGAUAACAACUCUGAGAGUAAUGAAUCGUGGCAAUUGUCAUGGGAAACCAACAUGGCAACUGUCGGAUUUGAUUUAGACUAUUUUCCCAUGGCAAUGAAUCCGUUUGAUACUGAUAUCGUCUAUCUAUGGUAUUGGGUAACUUGA